AUGGCAAAAGGACUUUCUUUUUUACAUUCUUAGAAUAUUAUACAUAGAGACCUUAAACCCGAAAAUCUACUUUUAGCUUAAAAUUUGGAAUUAAAAAUAGCUGAUUUCGGUACUUCUCGUUACUUUAAAGAAAGCGAGCUUUUAAAAUCAUCACUAGGUACUAUCACAUAUAUAGCUCCUGAAAUAGUUCUUGAUAAGGGGUAUGAUAAAUCUGUUGAUAUUUGGAGUUUAGGCUGUAUUUUUCAUGAAAUGUUUUGUCUUACCCCUUACCCUUUGUUUUAUGGCAAUAGUACUUAAGAAGUGAUUGAAUAAAUCCUCCAAUUUAAAGACUACAAAAACCUUUAAGAAAAAAGUGUCAAAGGAAAAAUUGGUGAAAUUAUAUCUCUUUGUUUAAAAAAAAAACCUUAAGAUAGAAUUCCUUUAGAAAAAUUAAUUGAAUAAUUAGAAAAACUUAAUAUUGAAUAUAUAUCAAAAUGA